CUGCAGUCUGCUUGCACUUUUGUUUAGCUCGCCUUCUGAACAAUUAAAUGUUGUUGCUUUUUCAUGAAUUAACAGAUUGCAUGUUGUAUUUUUCGCUCAGAAACGUUGCAACUUUGACAUCACGGAAAGUCGAUACGAUAAGAUACAACCACUUAACUAACUAACAUUCCUGUCUACAACCAUUUGGUGAAAACUCCAAGUUGCAGUCAUGCGUUUUCCAAGGGGGAAGACACCUAGUGUCACUGUUGGCAGUAAAAUACCCAAGCUACUUGGCAAAGGGACGGCAAAUCAGGAGGAAGGUCCCCAGGUCAAGAGGUCAUCCUCUUCUGGCCAGGGAGCCCCUAAGAAGAGGACUGCCUUUGUAGACAUCACCAAUGCACACAAGGUCCACAUCAGCCUUCCGGGAACCAAGAAGAAAGACUCCCUUAAGAAGACACAGAAGAAGACCACCACCACCAAGAACGAGGCUAACCUGAAAAAGUCUGAAUCGGUGAGCUCAGAAAGCCAGGAGGAGGACAAACAUGGGGGGGAGGAUGAGACCCCAGUGGAAGAGCUGGUGGCUGUGGAGGCUGUUCCACCUAGAGAGUUGCCCCACACCCCACCCCACCUACAGAGACCACAGAUCCCUGAGGAGUUUGACAUAGAGCGGGGUCAUCCUGGUGCUGGGUGUCUGACUGCUGAGUACGUCAAGGAGAUCUUUAACUACCUCAAGGCCAAAGAGGUUAAGUUCAUCCUGGCUUACUACAUGCCCAUCUAGCCGGGUCUGAACCCUGGGAUGAGGGCCAUCCUGGUAGACUGGCUGGUUGAGGUGCAGGAGAACUUUGAGCUGAACCAUGAGACCCUCUAUCUGGCUGUGAAGGUGACCGAUCCCGACCUGUCCACUGCUCCUGUCAAUAGGGAGAGCCUACAGCUCAUAUGAUCCACAGCCAUGCUCUUAGCAAUCUUGUUUGAGGUGAGCACCAAGGUUAUUAUAGUAAACUAA